GUCGGGGAUUCGUCGUGUUACCAGCUCGCCCAGAAAGUGCGUCGGCUACGCUGCAUCAUGUCGUACGUCCUGGUCACUCUGUCCUGUGUGUUGCUGGUGCUCUCUGCGCCGUACGCUUUCGCUGAAGACAGUGACGAUGACAUUACAGAGAUCGACGACUCAUUAAUAGCUGCCGGUGAUGGAUGCACACCCGAUGAAGUAGACGACGACGACUACAGUGAGACUACGGCUGCUACAGAAACCACUUCAGCCAGCUCCCGGGCAGGAAAAUCGGUCCGUGCCGGUUCCAAACAAAAGGCGCACGCGAGGACUGCAGCCCACGGGAAAGCGGCCAAAGCCAGGACAGCCGCCAAGAAGGCUGGCCGAGCUGCCGCCAAGGUGCACAAGGCCUGAGCGUGGCGGCGCAUUCUGCAGCCGAAACGUCAGCCAGCCUGCAACUUCCGCACUGACGCCCGCCCGCUUGGGUCUUAGAGAUUAACCAGAUUAAAAACUCCCUGUCUCCCGAAAUUAUUCUUUGGUUUUGUUUUCAACAACGUUAUAGAAGUGUUUAUGUAAUUCUUUGACAUUUUCAUUUUCCAAAUUCGUGAUGAAGUACAGUAGGCCUCAUACGUUAUAAGACGAAGCAUCUACAUUUAACAUUUGCCUGUCAUUAAACUUGCAAGUUGCUACUGACAUAAA